ACCAUCCAGCCUUUUUGGGAGAUUUUUUUUUUCUUUUUUUUUGGUUAAGCGUCUCCGCAGCCUGCAGCAACAGUAGCAGCAUCUUCACGGAGCAUCUCGCCGCGGACACAACCCCUCCGGUUUUUUUCUUUUCUUUUUUUUUUUUUUGCAUUUGGUGCCAUCCAUGAAAAAUGACGUGACUCCGGGCCAAUCCUGUUGCCGCUCGGGUUGCCGACGCCACGGAAAGAGAAGGGGCGGUGUCCAAUGACGAUGGUCGGCGGGGUAACGGAGGGAGGUGGGGGCUGUACGUCGGUGUGGUGUACUUCACCACCCCUCCUAUGGGUUUACACAGAGUUAGAGCAAGAUAUUCUGCUCCGGGAGUGAGAAGUGCAAGGAUAAACGGGGCACAUACAAACGCUUGUGCAUCAGUGACACACUUCACCAGCCUUUAACCCAUUUCUUUUCGAAACAUUUUUUUUUUGGAAGCAAGUGGGAUCGACUCACAUCUUUUUCUUUUUUUUCUCCCCUUCUUAAAUUUAACCUUGUGUCUGCCGAUCACCGAUGGAGCUCCGUGAACUUGAAACAUGACGGGACACGAGUGUCUCUCCCUGCGUUCACCUCGUCGGCGCCUUCACCUUCACAGGUAGCCGUGGAGAGGAGGGGGGAGGAAGAAGAAGAGAAAAGCCAAAACGCCGGUUUCUUUCCUUAUUUGAUUCUUUUUCUUCUUCUUUCGGGACGUGCAUUGAUUUUGGGACCUAAUGGAAAACACCACAGACCGCUGACCACCUUUGCUUGUCUUGUCUGCCGGAGAGCGACGCUGAUCACCGCAAUCACCGCAGGUCGCGCAAUUAAAUCCACACCGUUUCCCGAAGUUAAAUGGGGGGAAAGGAACUGCGACAUAUGCAGCCUCUAAUUUACCCCGAUCAGCUGAUUUCAUCCCAAACCUGUUCUUGAGUCUGAUCAUCUUUUUUUCCUUCUUUUUUUUGCGGGGCGAUUAUUAUUAUUAUUAUCAUCAUCAUUUUUGUCCUCCUCCUCUCUUCUCUUUUUCCUGGACCCAAAGGCGCAAGAGCUGACAGAGAAGGAUAUCUUUCCCAGAAUUAAACUCGCUGGUACACUAGGAUGAGAAGACUAUGAGCUGACACACUCCAGUUUUUUCCACCUCUCUCUUCUCCUGCGCUGCAACGGAUUUGGGUUUGCUCGUGGAAGAUUCCUGCCAUCACAUGCAAGGAGUCACUGCCUGUGUCAGCGCUGCAUAGAAAGAAACCUUUCAGCCCGUGAAGACUGGAAACACACUAACACUGUCAUGGAUCUAAAAGACUAUUACCUGUUGGGCACCCUUCUUGCCUGCAUAUGGCUCGAUCCUUCAAUAGCCCAAGAGCUAAUCUACCCCAUCCGAGAGGAGCUGCAAGAAAACGUCCUCAUUGGAAACAUACCAAAGGACCUGAACAUUUCCCAUACAAAUGCUGCCACUGGAGCAAGUGCUAAUCUCGUGUACCGACUCGUCUCCAAAGCAGGAGAUAACCCACUGGUCCGCGUUCUGAGCAGCACUGGAGAGAUAUUCACUACAUCAAACCGGAUCGACAGGGAGAAGUUAUGCCCCGGCCCCUCGUUUGAGGACAGCGAGUGCUCCUUUGAAAUCGAAGUGGUCAUCCUGCCUAAUGAUUAUUUCAGGCUGAUUAAGAUCAAAAUAAUCGUCAAAGACACAAACGAUAAUGCCCCCAUGUUCCCGUCCCCUGUGAUCAACAUCUCCAUCCCGGAGAACACGCUCAUUAACAGCCGCUUUGCCAUUCCUUCUGCCACUGACCCAGACACUGGCCCCAACAGUGUCCACAAAUACGAGCUGAUCAAUGGGCAAAGUGCCUUCGGCUUAGACAUAGUAGAAACGCCAGAGGGGGAGAAGUGGCCCCAGCUCAUUGUGCAGCAGAAUCUGGACAGAGAGCAGAAGGAUACAUAUGUGAUGAAGAUUAAAGUAGAGGAUGGUGGGAAUCCACAGAAAUCCAGCACUGCCAUUCUGCAGGUUACUGUCACAGAUGUCAACGACAACAGACCGGUCUUUAAAGAGAGUCAGAUAGAGGUGCAUAUACCAGAGAACUCCCCUAUUGGCACGUCUGUGGUGCAGCUUCAGGCCACAGAUGCAGACAUAGGGGCAAACGCAGAGAUACAUUAUGUAUUUGGGACUCAGGUGUCUCCUGCUACAAAAAGACUGUUUGCAUUAAAUACAACAUCUGGCCUGAUUACAGUGCAAAGGCCCCUGGACAGAGAGGAGACUGCUAUUCAUAAGCUCUCUGUCUUAGCUAGUGAUGGCAGCUCAAGUCCAGCCAAAGCUACUGUUACAAUAAAUGUGACUGAUGUUAAUGACAAUCCACCUAAUAUAGACCUGAGAUACAUAAUCAGUCCCAUUAAUGGCACUGUUUUCCUCUCUGAGAAGGAUCCCAUCAAUACCAAGAUAGCUCUCAUCACAGUGUCAGACAAAGACACUGACAUCAACGGCAAGGUCAUUUGUUUCAUAGAGAAGGAUGUGCCCUUCCAUCUCAAAGCUGUGUAUGACAACCAAUACCUAUUAGAGACAUCUGCACUGCUCGACUAUGAAGGGACGAAGGAAUACAACUUUAAAAUUGUGGCUUCUGACUCUGGAAAACCGAGCUUGAAUCAGACUGCCUUGGUGAGAGUGAGGCUGGAGGAUGAGAAUGACAAUCCGCCUAUUUUUACUCAGCCAGUUAUUGAGCUGGCUGUUAUGGAAAACAACAAACGCGACCUGUUCCUCACUACUCUCAGUGCCACAGACGAGGACAGCGGGAAAAAUGCAGAGAUAGUGUAUCAGCUGGGACCAAAUGCUUCAUUUUUUGAUCUCGACCGCAAAACGGGGGUCCUGACUGCAUCCAGGGUUUUUGACCGAGAGGAUCAGGAUAGGUUCCUCUUCACUGUAACGGCAAGAGAUAACGGGACGCCCCCUCUGCAAACGCAGGCAGCCGUCAUUGUAACUGUGCUUGAUGAAAAUGAUAACAACCCCAAGUUCACACAUAACCACUUUCAAUUCUUUGUGUCUGAGAAUCUUCCUAAAUACAGCACUGUGGGGGUGAUAACUGUGACAGAUUCAGAUGCUGGAGAAAAUGCUGCUGUUUCUCUUUCUAUACUGAAUGACAAUGAGAACUUUAUACUAGAUCCGUACUCUGGGGUGAUAAAAUCUAAUGUGUCAUUUGAUAGGGAGCAGCAGAGCUCCUACACUUUUGAUGUUAGGGCUGUGGACAGUGGCAGGCCUCCCUGCUCUUCAGCUGCAAAGGUGACCAUCAAUGUCAUCGAUGUGAAUGACAACACCCCUAUCGUCAUCUACCCCCCCUCCAACACGUCUUUUAAGCUUGUCCCUCUCUCCUCUAUCCCAGGAUCUGUGGUAGCUGAAGUGUUUGCAGUAGAUGGUGAUACAGGGAUGAAUGCAGAACUCAAAUACACUAUUGUCAGUGGGAACAACAAGGGUCUGUUCAGAAUUGACCCUGUCACGGGGAAUAUUACUCUGGAGGAAAAACCAGCUGUAACUGACAUAGGCUUACACAGAUUAGUGGUCAACAUCAGUGACCUUGGAUAUCCUAAAUCUCUUCAUACUCUGGUGCUGGUAUUUCUGUACGUCAAUGACACUGUGGGAAACUCGACGCUCAUCUAUGAUCUCAUCCGACGCACCAUGGAGACCCCGAUAGACCGAAACAUUGGGGAAAGCAGCGAAACUUAUCAAAGUGGUGACUAUUUAACCAUAAUGAUAGCCUUUGUUACUGGCGCCUUAGUGGUGAUUAUUGUCAUCUUUGUCACUGUGCUGCUGCGUUGCCGCCACGCUUCCAGGUUCAAAGCUGCGCAGAGGAAAAAACAAGGGGCUGAGUGGAUGUCACCCAACACAGAAAACAAGCAGAACAAGAAGAAAAAGCGCAAGAAAAGAAAGUCCCCCAAAAGCUCCCUGCUCAACUUUGUCACCAUCGAGGGGAACAAACCCGACGAUCCUGCCCACGAGCCAAUCAAUGGAACCAUCAGUCUGCCCACCGAGCUGGAGGAGCAAGGGAUUGGACGCUUUGAUUGGAAUGCCACACCUACCACAACCUUCAAACCGAGCAGCCCAGACCUGGCACGGCACUACAAGUCCGCCUCGCCGCAGUCGGCCUUCCACCUCAAGGCCGACACGCCGGUCUCAGUGAAGAAGCAUCACGUGAUUCAGGAGCUCCCAUUGGAUAACACAUUUGUUGGGGGCUGUGACACCCUUUCCAAGAGAUCCUCCACGAGCUCCGACCACUUCAGUGCCUCAGAGUGCAGCUCCCAAGGAGGGUUCAAGACGAAGGGGCCCAUGCACACCAGACAGCAGUUUCAGUGUAGUUUCAGCACAUAUUGAACAAAUACCAACACGUGGAUGGGUUCCCUUCAUCAGAGUACUUCUGGAAUUUUUGCUGUUUACAGUUUUGUUCAAUUUUUCUAUCUAGAUCCGACUUGUAUCACCUUCCUCCCUGUUGUGACCACUACAGUGUAAAAAUAGACUUAUGUUACAGUAUCAGUCACAAAACAGUGUGCAGAAUAUUAAAUAUUACAGUAGAUGGAGUAUUCAAAUUAAAAUCCAGGAUAUGUGAAAAGACCUGUGAGGAAAACCCGGGAAUCCUUAGCGGAGUACUCCUGGAGUUGUCUUGUCAGUACAUUUAAUGAAUGGACAUUCUAUGCAAACAGGAGUUUGUACAGACCAUUGUAAUUAUGGAGCCUUGGGGGAGUCGUCCUUCUUGUGCAGGUUCAUUUGCCACAUUAAUAAGGGGAUUAGUAGUAUGUACGGGGGCUGAUGGCAGCAGGAGAAGUUUGAGAAGAUUAAUGAACUAUGACAAUGUUGCACCUGAGGGGAAAAGUCUGUUGCAAUAUCUUCUGGGUUGUGCUGACACAGAGUUUGCCGCUAUGAAAGACGAAGAUGGAGAGAGGCCAGUGAUUGUUGCCGACUGUGAUCAUACAUCCUUCUCCCCAGCUAUCCUGUCAGUUAAUCAGGAUCCUGUGCACACGUCCUUGAUACUUCUAACUAAUAGUCCUCCACUGGGUUUCAAAUUUUCUUGAAAAUAAGGACUCUAACUUAUAAAAUGUCUUUGUUUCUGUCGAUAUGAACAAAAAGUUAAAGUGGAUAAAUAACUAUAAAGACGUUAAUGGACCGAAUCCGGUAACAAACUCUACGUUAUCUUCAUAUGGGUCUGUUGCCAACAUCAGUGUAAUAAUUAAGACAACCGCAGGUAGAUUCAAGAAUUUUUCUGGAUGCUCUUAUUGAGUAGAACGUAACAGAUCCUCAAAACAAAUGUAGCUGUCUGGAGAUAGUAAGCCAAUAAGUCUGUGAGUGAAGUUUCUAUCAAAGCUUUAAAUCAUCAGUGGAGGAUUUGCAAGGCUCUUUACUGCAGAGAACAUUGUAUUUCUUUAAAAAACUUGUCAUGUCCUCUAUGUCUAGGUGGGUAAAAGGAAAUGAAAUGGAUUGCGGGCUAUACUAAGGUAGUGGGUGUGAGUACUAUCGGAGUAGAUUAUUGCCCCAAGGGGGAUCCAGUUUUGUCUGCACAAAACAACAAAAUAAAUCAAAGCUCCCUGUUGGUACACUGGCUGGACUGUAGAGUUCAUUUAUAUGUUUUUAUUUUCCCCUGUUGAGAAAAAUGAAGUGCUACUGAUUUUUAGUAUAUUUAUAUAUUUAUAGCCUUUUGUUUUUUCUUUGUUGUCUAUAACUGCCAGGGGCAGGAUUGCCAAAAACACAGAUGAUGGCAAAUUACCAGGAAUUACAUUUGAUUUUUUAUUUUUUGUAAACACAUUUAAUUAAUUUUCAUUUUCAGUUUUAACAGUUUCAUAAUGUGUUGAAAAACCUUUCCUCAUUACACUGUUUUAUUCUGUGAUACAUAUAUGACAAUUUUGAUAAUGACAAAUGUUGUCUCAUAUCAAAAGGUCUUAUGUGUGUGUGUGUGUGUGUGUGUGUGUGUGUGUGUGUGUGUGUGUGUGUGUGAUUUAUUUCGUUUUUUUUCUCGUUUGUUGUUUGUCCAUUACUUUUGGCUGGCAACCCAUUCAUCUCAAAUUUAUCAUCCAUUUCUGCAAAUUCUCAAAGCAAAUUGAUUGAUGAUCAUUCUUCAGGGGGUUUGCUUUGUGAAGUUAAUGCACAAAAGUCAUCGCGGCUUUUGUGGGACUGUCAUUAUUUAAUUCAUCUCCAUGUUUUCACUAAUCCACAAAACACAUUUCCCAUUUUUCUAAGGCAAUCAAUCAAGUUGACAUACUAGCUUCGUAUUUUUUUCUGAACACUGCAUGAUGAGAAGAAGAAGAAGAAAAAAAAAGAGACAAACUGCAGCUCAAAACACUUCAGGUUUCAACACCUCAUCUAAAAUUCUCUGAAAUUGUCUUGAAGAAAAAGAGUAGAGGGUGGAAGAAAAUGUUUCUUGACUGCUUGCUUGUCUACAAAAAAAUUAUAUAAAAAGAUGAAGUUAUGAUGCUACUUCAUUGUUUGAAUGCCCCCCCAUCUCUCCUCUCCACUCCUCACUUUGCCUCCCUCCACCCACUCCUUAUCUCCCCUCCCACCCUCCCUUCGUCUCUCCCGUUCCUAACCUCUCACCCUUGUUUUUAAUCGGGGUCAAUGCCGUUACAUGCAAUGUAAAAUCACCAAGGGUGUGUUCACCUUUUGUGUUCUGAUCAUUUGUGACAGAUGAGGGUGCUCUGUGCUCAGCGCGUCACCCAACUUUCCUCCCCGUUAUCAUCCACUCUCCGUUUAUCAUUAGAGCGAAAGGGGUGUGUGGGUAAAAAAGAAAAAAAAAACGGAAAAAAGAAAAAGAUUGGCAAAGCUGUGCUGUAUAUCCUGACAUGACAAACCCAGAGGGAGACAUGUCCUUGUCAUUGGGUUGUUGUGUCAAGUAACACACAGGCCGCCACUCUGCCACUAGCGUGUGCCACUGUCUAGACUAAUAGUUGUGAUAAUGGCAUUGCCAGCCAAAACCCCCCUCAAGCAACGAGCCACACUUGACUUGAAAUGUGACUGCCAUUGACUGCUUUGCCACUGGGCCCCAUAGCUCACAAAGACUCUGUAACCCUCAUCGAUGUAAAUCUCUCUUGUAUAUAUGAGAUGUUUCAUGUAAAUUGAACUCCUGGUAAUCUUGCCUAAUGUGCUGUGUUAAACAAUAAUGGACUUGUUUUAUUUUUUUCUUUUGUAUUAUUUAUUUGCCCUGCUUUCUCCUUUUUUUUUCCAUUGCUGGGUAUACUUUAAUUACAUCUGAAAUAAACUCUUCCAGUUCUUCAGUCCACUGCAACCCCCUAUUCUGUUUCUAAAAGCUUUAUUUCAACAGUGCUAUUCUACCUUUAUAAUUUCAUAAUAAAUGUUUCAAAGAGA